UGACAGGCGACGAGUCAGUCGCUCUCUCCGCUCAGCGUCAGAAGGUUCGCUCGGUCGAUUCUCUCUCUGCCCGCUCAGCCGGUCUCGUCUAAACGUCAAAUACCGGAGUUCGACCCUCAUUCUGCUGACAACUGCCAAGCUCUACACUCGCGUCUUGUGGUCUGCUGUAUAAUGUCUUUAGUAUUUCCACCCAGGACGAAUAAGUUUGAAUCGAGUUUUAAAUACCAGUGCGAUUUGUUGCUUAUCCCUAUAUAGUGCGUGAAGCCGGCCGGCUCUUUUAGACUGCUGUGUUAUUUAGUGAUUUACACCGAAUUUUACUAAAGGAUUACCAUUAUCAGUUGGCUCUUGAGAUCAAGAAAUCCGACAAUGCCAAGCUGUUCGGUCGGCGACUCCCUCUUCGCGGAGCUGCACUACCGCCAAACGAAGGAGGAUCUGGAGGGAGUGUUCGGGGACGACUACGAAAUGUUGGACACCAUGGAUCUGAACACCAUCGACAUCGACGACGUGGAUCUCAGCUUCUUCGAGACCAACUGUGACGAGGACUCCGACGAAGAUCUGUUGGACCCGGCGAACUGGGUGAGAGGGAACCACGACUGCAUGUUAGGCGGUCAGUGCUGCAACCAGGAUUCCCAGAGGGCCCAAGUGCCACCCCCGAGACCCGCGCCUCAACCCGUCGUACAGCCCGCCCCCCAAUCUUCCGCUUCCGCCCCCAGUGUCCUCAUUACCCACAGUGCGAACAAAGUGGUGACUAUACAGAAGUGCAUACCUGCGGGUAGUGACAGAUCGGACGUGGUGGUAGUUACCAACAACUCGAGGACUCCUCCGGUGAGUUCUGGGAGCAGGAGUCUGUUGCUGAACAGGACUACAGUGCAAACUCAGCAACAGACCUCGCCCGCACCCGCUCAAACCCUCCUCACCGCCCAACCAUCCUCCGCCAGAGUGAUAGUGAAGCGCGAGUUCCCCACGCCGCAACCCUCGAGACCGGAGACCCCGAUGUCUCUCUCGGAGUCCGAGGACGACUUCGGCCCCAUCCCCAUCGACGCUCCGGUCGACAACUCCACCAGCAUCUUCCGCAGCGCCCUCGACGUGCUGACCACCCCCACUCCCGGAGUCUGGGAUUGUGACUUCUUGUUCGGUAGUGCCGUGAGGACGAAAGACGAGAAGCCCUCGGGGGCGUCGCAAACAGACGUUACCAGGAAAAGUGCGCUUUCCACGUCUGACCACGACCACAACUACGACAGCUCGAGUAAAAACCUUAGCCUCGAGGGACUGGGCGUGGAUACACCUUCUGAUUCCGAAGAGGACGAGGAGAUCGAUGUGGUAUCUUUGAGCGAGAGGUCCGCCAGCAGUCGGUCGUCCUCGUGCAGCAGACUGCCGACACACCCGACCCGACAAGACAGGAAGGAACUAGAAGAUCUCACGUCCACACUGUUGUCGGCCAGCCAGGCGGUCAGCAGAAAGCUCAAGAAGACGAUCAGCAGUCACGGGCGCCACAGAAGGAAACGCUACCGUUCCGGGAGCAGUGAUGAAGAAGAAUUCCCGACGGUGCACCAGAGGCAGGCCAAGCGGCACAAGCGCGCUCUGGGCGCGGUCACGCAGAGGAGGUCGAAGAGUUCCAGAUUCGGCGAAGAAGAAGACUCCCAAGAGAAGAGGGAUCUGCACAACAACAUGGAGCGGAUGAGGAGAAUCGACUUGAGGAACUCCUUCGAGGAACUGAAGGCGUUGGUGCCGAUGGUGGCCAACAAGGAGAGGGCCGCGAAGGUGGUGAUACUCCGGGAGGCGUCAGUCUAUUGCAUCGAGCUGAGCGCGGAGUGCCAGUCCAAGUGUCUCCAGGUGAACGCCCUGAGGAAGGAACAGGAGAGGUUGCGCCGAGUGCUCUCGUCGCUGAGGAAGGCUGCUUGUGUGAGCAGACGCCGCUGACUGACUUCGCUGUAAAUACUGUCUCUGUACAAUUCUGUACAUAUUUUGUUACUUUUAUAACGUAUGCUUAUUACGGAAACAAUGCUGUGUUAAUUUUAGAAUAACUCUCGCCCUAGGGAAGCUAAGAUGCCAAAGUCUAGUAAACAACAGCUUGUCCACAUUUAAAGACAAUAGAUUUUUAAUAAUGUAACUCUGAAGGCUGACGUUUAAAUAGUAGGUUUUAUAAUGAUUUUUAUAAGUUUUCUGUUUGCUCAAAUGGAUUUUAUUUCAUUGUUACACAGUUGGGUGUCAUUUAAAGUUUAUUGGUAUCGGCAUGUCCUCGGUCGUUGGUCGAGUUUAUUACUCGAGAUCGUCGUUGGGAUCAAGUUAUAAAGAGCCAAAGCGGGGUCCUGGUCGACUUGUCUAUUGGCUGAUUCCACAACGACAUUAUAUUGUAAAUUCUUGUUAUUUCACAGUUUACCUCAGUUUAAUGUCAAACAAUGCAAAUAAGUGUUCAGAAUAUAGUUUAAGUAUGUUUAUAUUUUAUGUAUAAAUAGUAUAAUACACGUAGGUUUAGAUGGUUGAUUAAAUUAGUCUUAGCAAUAUUAUCUUUAAUUUGUUAUGUGUCCUGUAAAUUAACAUCGAGUGGCAUCAUUUUUUCACCGCCACUUCAUUUUUCAUUUUAUGUUGAGUUAAAGGUACAAUGAAACUGUCAGUUUAUUUGUUUUUUGUUCUCACAUAAAACAGUAAUUAUUUUGUAAAGUUAUGUUUUUGGUUUUUUGGUUACCAUUAAGUUCUUUUUUCAUUUGUUCUGUUUUUUUUAUAAUUAUUUUGCAAUUCAUUUGUUUCCACCAUCAGGAAUUAGUAUUUGUUAGUUAAUGUUGUCGUUACGUUUUUUGUAGUGGUUAAUUAUAAAAUGUAAGUUUUGUUACGGAGUUUUUAUAAUUUGUAUACUUUUUCAUAUCAUAGCAGAGGAAUUAUUUAAUAGCGGAAUCUCUAAUUUAUUUAUGGUUGUCACUAAUCAAACGUAAUGUUCAUUCAGUAUUGGAAUGCGUAGGGUAAGGCGUACCUACAGGGACUAGCAUUUUUUACUGAACUGUACCCAAUUUUAGAUCACACAGGAUGUUAUAUUUUUCAUAAUUUGCUCAAAAUUUACCUUUUUCGACAGAUUUAUUCCUAAGUUUCGAGUUGUCUUCCACAAUGCUUUCUACAUACAUGUGCCUCCAGUAUGUGCCUUGCCUCGCUUUUUUGGACAAGUUUUCCACAAUUUUAUUUUGUAAAUAGUUCUUUGUAAUCAGUUGGGGCGAUAAUGACCCAAAAUGCGUUAAGUAAGUCUGGCCAAAUUUUGUAACAAACAGUUUUGUGUUUUAUAUUUUUGUUCACGUUAAAAUUUAAUCAUUAAUAUGUUUUUCUCACGAGAUUUUACGCAUUUAUACUGAAUCAUUUUUUACUAGCCACUGUAGAGCAAUAGCGCUAUGGCGUAGGCACAUAUUGUUAAAAAAUUUCCUUGUGUUUUUGUACUUACAAAUGCUGUGUUAAUUAUAGUAUUAUUAUCAAUGAUACUGUAUCAAUAGACUAUCAUUUUUAUUGUAAAGUUCUGUUGGUUGUAGUUCCUUUGUAACUGGACAUUUAUAAAAUAUUACAAAACAAUAGUAAAAAUCGAA